CGCUUGACUCGUUAUUAGUGUUGAAAAGGGACUUUGUGAAACUGCAGCGAUGUCAGUCCAGGUUGUGGCAGCGAAAAUGGCAGAGGUCGAACUCAAAGACGUUCCCACCGGCAAAGACCUGGCGGCUGGAUCCCCGUUGACACCAACGUCUCAAGGCAAGAGUCUCGGCAGGAUCGAGCCACACGAGGCCGGUUCCUCUGCCGUUGCGUCCCCAACAGCGGAGCCCUCCGCGAAAGCCGGGGGAGCCAGCCUUGGCUUGCUCACGCCGAACCCCAUGAAGAUGCCGCAGGCGUCGGCUAUGAAGCGGUCGGACCCGCAGGAGAACGGCGGAGAGGCUUUUGUCAACCGUGACGGCACCGUGGCCGAGGCUCCGCGAAUGAAGAAGAUCCAGUUUGCCGACCAGAAACAGGAGUUUAACAAGCGCCCCUCCAAGAUUGGCCGACGCUCUCUGUCCCGCUCCAUUUCCCAGUCCUCCACAGACAGCUACAGCUCAGCGGCGUCGUACACGGACAGCUCCGACGACGAGACGUCUCCUCGGGACAAACAGCAGAAGAACUCCAAGGGCAACGGGGACUUCUGCAUCAAAAACAUCAAACAGGCCGACUUCGGACGCCGAGAAAUUGAGAUCGCAGAGCAAGAGAUGCCAGCACUGAUGGCCCUUAGGAAGCGAGCCCAGGGGGAGAAACCCCUCGCCGGAGCCAAGGUGGUGGGCUGCACUCAUAUUACCGCCCAGACUGCUGUGCUGAUGGAGACUCUGUCAGCUUUGGGGGCUCAGUGCAGAUGGGCUGCCUGCAACAUUUACUCCACCCAGAAUGAAGUGGCAGCUGCCCUGGCAGAGGGAGGCUUCAGCGUAUUUGCAUGGAAGGGGGAGUCGGAGGACGACUUCUGGUGGUGCAUCGAUCGCUGCGUUAACGUGGAAGGCUGGCAGCCAAACAUGAUUCUGGACGACGGUGGAGACCUGACUCACUGGAUUUAUAAAAAGUACCCCAACAUGUUCAAGAAGAUCAAGGGCAUCGUAGAGGAGAGCGUUACCGGUGUGCACAGGUUGUAUCAACUGUCCAAGGCAGGAAAGCUGUCCGUUCCGGCCAUGAACGUCAACGACUCUGUGACUAAGCAGAAGUUUGACAACCUUUAUUGCUGCAGGGAGUCCAUCUUAGACGGCCUGAAGAGAACCACUGAUGUCAUGUUUGGGGGCAAACAGGUGGUGGUGUGUGGCUACGGAGAGGUUGGAAAAGGCUGCUGUGCUGCCCUGAAAGCAAUGGGCUCCAUCGUCUACGUCACGGAGAUCGACCCCAUCUGUGCUCUGCAGGCCUGCAUGGACGGCUUCAGGCUGGUGAAGCUGAACGAAGUCAUCAGACAAGUGGACAUCGUCAUCACCUGCACGGGCAAUAAGAACGUGGUGGUGAGAGAGAACCUCGACCGAAUGAAGAACGGCUGCAUCGUCUGCAACAUGGGACACUCCAACACCGAGAUCGAUGUGGCAAGCCUGCGAACUCCUGAGCUGACCUGGGAGAGGGUUCGCUCUCAGGUGGACCACGUCAUCUGGCCCGAUGGCAAGAGGAUAGUGCUGCUGGCUGAGGGUCGACUGCUGAACCUCAGCUGCUCCACUGUUCCCACUUUUGUGCUCUCCAUCACCGCCACUACCCAGGCUCUGGCUCUGAUAGAGCUGUACAACGCCCCAGAGGGACGCUACAAGCAGGAUGUUUACCUGCUGCCCAAGAAGAUGGACGAGUAUGUGGCCAGCCUACAUCUGCCGACAUUUGACGCACAUCUGACGGAGCUGAGCGACGAGCAGGCCAAGUAUCUGGGCUUGAACAAGAACGGACCCUUUAAGCCAAACUACUAUAGGUAUUAAACCAGCGUCGUGUGGACUGGAAACACCAAUACUCCAUGAAUCGCACAGACUCAUAGAGGGAGAGGAGGAGGAGGAGGAAGAGGAGGACAGAAUAGUCAACACACCUGCUUUAUUUUCGUGGGGAGGGAGGGAGGGAGGGGGGGGAAAAAGCUCUGGCUGAGCCCGAAAGAGAAGGGGGGGGGGGGUUUGCAGAGGGGGUCGUAAGUUCCACAUACACCCGUGGCAGUCGUUUUAUUUAUUCACGCUUUAAAACAAUAAUAACACCCUUAACUCUAACUCUGCAGAGCUGCUCCUGCCAUUCUCCACUUUCUAUCUCCCCCCCGACUUCUUCUCCUGGGAGAUUUGACUUCCCUUCUGCUUGGCAUCACAAUUAUCAUAUUGUCCUGAGACGCUCAUUUGUGUGUCAACCUGUAUGUAAACCUUUCAUCCUCUCUUCCCAUUGCCAGAUCUUCUAUUGUUUAACUAUUAUUAAAGAUGGAAUUAUUGAUGCUAAAAUGAUAUAUAUAUAUACAUAUAUAAACCAACUUGAUUAAAAAAGGAAAGAAAAUCUGUGUGAAUGAAGGUGAACUUUGAAGAUUUAGUGACGGACAAUUUUUCCUGUCCCUCUUUCUUCUUUUUUUGGUUAUUGUCUUUUCUUUUCUACUUGUGAUUAUGUUUUUGUGUAGUUCUGUGAGGGCGGGGUUAGACCUGAUGGGUGGGGUUAGUUGGGAUCUCAGGGUCCAAUCAUAUCAUAUGUCUUUUAAUUCAUCAUUUCAUUGAGAUUCACUGUUGUUUUUUUAAACACUUUUUAUUACGCGUCGUUCUCUCUCCCGAUCAGCCUGUAGUUUGUUUGUUUGUUUGUUUGUUUGGUUUUUUUGUUUGUUUUCUUUAGUGCGACUGGACGGUGGGCGGUGCUUCCCGCCCGCCACUCAAAACCCUGCAGUGAAACCAUCUCAUUGGCUGCUUCUCUCUCAGCGUCCACGCAAAAACGCCAGUGUUGUCAUUUAAAAAAAAAAAAAGUAUUUCAAGCCAGUGGGAGCCGAACGUUUCAGUUUAUCUUGUUCCUUUCCCACGAGAGACGAUACUGUAUUAGAAGCACGACAGGCUGUCGGAUCAUUGCAAGGGUUAUACUGUAUAUUUAGAUAUUUAUAUAGAAACUUAGAUUUUUCUAUCUUUUCCUCUCUUGCACCAUUUGUCAUACUUUUUUUUUUUUUUGGAAAACAAAAAAUCCUAAACAUAAGCAAUUAAAUGUUCUAAUAAUGCGUGUACGUAAAACCUCGUUUUUAAUACUGUGACAGACGUGUUUUUUUUUUUUUCCUCCAGAGAAACCAAAUGUGCACCAAGUUGUUGCCAGUCUGGUACUAUUUUUGUUUUCAACAUGGGUCGUCUUUGCAAAAAAAAAAAAAAAUGGUGCUGUGUAAAUUUACGACACUGGCCAUACACAACACGACUCGUUGGUACUCACAGAUACAGUCGAGGGAUUCACUCAUCUGAAUCUCACUAUCGAUUAUUUUUCCAUCCAAGAAAUCAGUGUGCAUUUGCCUGUAAAGGGAUAUUUCCUAUGUUUUUUUCCAUGACAUUUUUUCUUCUUCUUCUCCUUCCCUGCACCUGAAAGACUUAGAUCCUUACUCUAUAAUGAGCUGCACCGGUUGUCAUCCUCGACGGCUCUUUCCCCAGCUGACCUGAUGGGUGGAAAUUAGAAAAUCCCUGACCGUCAUUUCUCCUGACAGCUGACACCUGAGCCUGUGUGUCGUCCCGCUGGGAGAUGCUUGUCGUUUCUACUCUCGCAGACACGGGAUCAAAUGCUUUAACACAUGAACUAAAAAUUAAACCAUUAUGUUCACUGUAUAUGGGGGGGGUUAUAAAAAAAACCUUUUUGAGCAGGUUGAAAUGGCACAAAAACCUUGUUUACCAAUCAAAUAAAAUUUUAUUUGAAGUACAAAUA